UGGUCCUUGCAAAUAAACUCUUGCCAGAAAGGUAGGUUAUAUUUUGACUGAUGCAAUCUCCACUAUCCCUUUCCGUCUGGAAAUUCCUGGGGGAGACACUGACUCCGUAGAUCUGUUAUUUUCCACUUUAUUAAAAGUUCAGGAAGAUUGGAUAAUAAAUAGAUUCUAUAAAUAUUCAUGAGACGUGAUGUCACGGGGAGGUGUGGGGGUGCAGAGCAGCUCUGUGACUGCCUGGCAGCGCCAUUUCCUGGAGAAAGAGGAGGAAGAACAGGAGUAAGAAGAGCCGAAGGAAUUAGCGGCAGCAGCAGCGGGUGCCCAGAGCCGAGGCAGCCGCGGCUGCAGGGGCUCCAUGCAGCCCGAGGCCAGCAGAGGGAGACCGCUCUGCCUCGCAUUCCCUCUCGUGCUCAGUGACUCGCUCUGGGCAGAGAGAGGCUGAGCGAUCGGGAUUUGAGGGGCUUCCUGAAACUUCCCCUACACACUCCUCCGCGGGCUGGCGAGGGCUCGCUCCCGCGGCGCCAGCCUAGUGCAGCGGAGAGCGAAGUUUGCACUGCAGCUUCCCCUCAGAGCGUCCUGGGAAAGGGCUUCGCUUUGGGGGUCCCCCCCCUUCCCCGUCCUGCUCCCUCUGUGGGAGCACGAAGCAGCCGGCGGCGUGGAGCCGGGCGGGAGGAUGCUGACGAUGAAGAUGCGGGAGCGAUGGAGAUGAAGCAGAGCAUGGGGAUCCCGGGGCUCCUGGUGCUGGGACUAUGGGCUCUGGCACUCCGGGAUACCGCUGCUGAAGCAGGUAUGAAAUUGACAGGAUCGCCAAUCAAAUUAAAGGUGUCUCAGGGUCAGCCGGUAAAAUUAAAUUGCAGCCUCGAGGGAGUAGAAGAACCAGAGAUGUUGUGGAUCAAGGAUGGAGCGGUGGUGCAAAGUGUAGACCAGGUGUACAUUCCACUAGAUGAAGAACACUGGAUCGGUUUCCUCAGUUUGAAAUCUGUUGAGCGGACAGAUUCUGGGAAGUACUGGUGCCAGGUUGAGAACAAGGGGAAGAAGGAAGAAUCACAACAAGUGUGGCUCAUAGUGGAAGGUGUGCCCUACUUUACUGUGGAGCCGGAAGAUUUGUCUGUGUCCCCUAAUGCCCCAUUCCACAUGGCCUGUGCUGCCGUUGGCCCACCAGAGCCAGUGACAAUUGUCUGGUGGAUGGGAGACUUCCGAGUGGGGCUUCCUGACAUCUCCCCCUCCAUCCUAAAUGUGUCAGGUAUUAAUCAAAGCACGGUUUUCUCCUGCGAAGCCCACAACGUAAAGGGAUUGUCUUCUUCUCGGACAGCCACUGUUUGGAUUAAAGCCAUGCCUCUCCCACCUUCCAAUGUGACCAUAACCCAAGUCACCAGUAGUAAUGCCAGCGUGAUGUGGGUCCCGGGAUUUGAUGGCCGCUCCCCACUUCAUUCUUGCACGAUUCAGGUUGCUGAGUCACCCGAAGAUCAGGAUGGCUCCACAGAAGUUGUCUCUGUCCCUCCCUUUACCUGUGGUUUACCAGGAUUAAAGCACUCCACCAAUUACAGUGUGCGAGUUCAGUGCACUAAUGAGAUGGGCACGUCCCCUUUCACAGACUGGGUUUAUUUUCAGACCCUGGAGUUAGCUCCAGGCAGCAUUCCACAAAACCUUCACGUCAUCCAGAGAGACACUAGCCUGGUUUUGGGGUGGGAAGAAGUAGCUCCAAACCCGCUGAAAGAAAAUCUACUGGGAUAUAGGCUGGAGUGGAGUCAAGAAAACAUCACGCAGGGAGAAAUGACAGUACAAGAGACAAAAGCCAAUCUUACCACCUGGAAUCCCCAGAAGGACCUUAUAAUCAGAGUGUGCGUUCUGAACUCGGCUGGCUGUGGACCCUGGAGUGACACCUUGUUGGUUGCAGCCCAAGAAAUUGUAGGUGGCCAGAGACAACCGCCCUAUGGGACAUCAUGGGUCCCUGUGGCUUUGGGAAUUCUCACUGCCCUGGUUACAGCUGUUGCCCUGGCACUCAUUCUCCUUCGAAAAAGAAGAAAAGAAACUCGAUUUGGACAUGUCUUUGGCAGUGUGAUCGGCAGGGGAGAGCCAGUGGUCCAUUUCAGAGCAGCCAGGUCUUUCAACCGGGAAGGCCCAGAGCGGAUUGAGGCAACAUUGGACAGCAUAGGGAUCAGCGAUGACCUGAAGACCAAACUCAAAGAUGUUCUAAUCCAGGAACAACAGUUCACUCUGGGAAGGAUGCUAGGCAAGGGGGAGUUUGGGUCAGUUAGAGAGGCACUCCUGAAGCUGGAGGAUGGCUCUCUCCAGAAAGUCGCAGUAAAGAUGCUGAAAGCGGACAUCUUCACCUCAAGUGACAUCGAAGAAUUCCUGCGAGAGGCUGCCUGCAUGAAGGAGUUUGACCACCCACAUGUUACUAAGCUGAUCGGAGUCAGCCUACGGAGUCGCGCCAAGGGUCGGCUUCCAAUUCCCAUGGUCAUCCUGCCCUUUAUGAAGCAUGGAGACCUCCAUGCUUUUUUGGUGAUGUCUCGGAUUGGAGAAAACCCCUUUAAUUUGCCUCUUCAGACACUGCUCAAGUUCAUGAUUGAUAUUGCCAGUGGCAUGGAAUACCUGAGCUCGAAGAACUUCAUACACAGGGACCUUGCUACUCGGAACUGCAUGUUGGAUGAGAAUAUAAAUGUGUGCGUUGCAGACUUUGGACUAUCUAAGAAAAUCUACAGUGGAGACUAUUACCGUCAGGGCUGUGCCUCAAAGUUGCCAGUGAAGUGGCUUGCCCUGGAAAGCCUUGCAGACAAUCUUUAUACAACACAUAGUGAUGUGUGGGCGUUUGGCGUGACGAUGUGGGAGAUUGUGACCCGAGGACAAACCCCUUACGCAGGCAUUGAAAAUGCAGAAAUCUACAACUACCUCAUCAGCGGAAACAGGUUGAAGCAGCCCCCAGAGUGCCUGGAAGACAUCUAUGAUCUCAUGUGCAGAUGUUGGCAUUCGGAGCCCAAGCUACGCCCUAGCUUUGGAGUGCUGAAAUCACAGCUGGAAAUGAUUCAGGGGAGAAUGUCUAUGCUCUCAUCCAGCCAGGAUCCUCUAUAUGUCAACAUUGGGGAGGCUAAAGAGACUUCUGGGAGCAACCCUGCCCUGUACACUUCAUUUGGAAAUUUGGACAGCGGCGAGAACGUUGCUGAAGCAGCUGCUGCUGUCACUAGUGACUAUCGCUACAUCAUGAGCCCAUUGUGCCUUGGAAAUGAUGUUGGAAGUGACAGGCAUCCCAAUGAAGCUGAAGGGGAGGUCAGGAGCCUUCUGCAGGAGCUGGAGACAGGAGAGAGAAGUUGUUAGCCCAUAAGAAGGAAACACUCCAGUUACCUGCCACGGGCUGUGUGCAGCUAUAUUGCCAUGUUGCAAUGCUUUCAAGAGCCAGUUGGGGGAUGUUUUUAAGCCACAUGGGGAGCUAUAAUUAGGUUGCUUCUAUAGCUAUCCCCAUCUAUGUGGAUUGCUGUUGUGGACAGCUCAGAAAAAUCACAAAUCAUAAUUGCCCCUUGGACUUUUUGGGGGUAGGAUUAAAGGUUGAUCACAUCCAGUGGGAGUGGGCUAGAUUUGCCAGCCCUCCAGGAUUGGCCUGGAGUCUCCAGGAACUAAAGAGUAAUCUUUACUUAAAGAUUAUGUCAUGGGAUGAAAUCGCCAGGAAUAUGCUCAACCAAAAUUGGCAACCCGAGAAUGGGUUCAAAGCUACAGCAACCAAUGAGUAUUUGUUUGCUUGGGUAAUUCUCACUGGCUGCAGCCAUACAGUAGAAUGCACAUACUAGGUCAAUCAGUGCUCACUAUUCUGUGGAUGCUUUUUCAAUUCUGGCUGUGUAAGUUUUGGACCAGUAGAUCUGGAAACACUGGCGAAUAUUUACACUGUUGUUUGGGACAUAGGGGAAGAAAAGCUCUCUUGUGUUCACUCAGCAGUACUGCCUAGACCUGUUGCCUACCUCAGCGGUUCUCAGUCUGAUCUACGGAGCUGCUUCCACAGUAAAACAUCCAGAGUUUUUUCAGCAAUGACACGUGUUGCUAGAAGUAGCCCAGCCCAGGGCUCUCUUAGAAUUUCCAGAUGCUUUUGUUGAACAGCUAAACUGAAACUUAUGAAAAUCCAACACUUUUCUCCACCCUACGCCUCCAGGCCCAUCGACGGGGAGCGGUGGGGGCAAGGAGGCAAUUACCCUGGGGCCCAGCAAUUCAAAGGGGCUUUGGGCCCUUUAAAUUGCUGCUGGAGAACUGUGCUGCACAUUCUGAGGAUUGGGGCAGGGGUGCACCACACAGAGGGUUGGCUGCCUCUGGCCCUGCCCCUACAGGGAGCGCAGAGCUAGCCCCCCCCCCCCCCCUUUGCCCCUGUAGGCUGUUGCCUCCCCUGUACACACCUGUUUUGUGUCUUUCAUUGUCUUCUAUUUGAUAUGAAUGUAGGGUUGCCAUGUGUCCAGUUUUCACCGGGACAGUAUGUUAUUUCUGGGCCCUGUCUGGUAAAGAAAACAGAAAAUACCGGACAUGUAAAAUGUCCUUUUUUUUGGAUAGAAGGCUGGUGGGGGACAUUCUUUCCCUGCUGCGUCUGGCAAAGGCGGGGGGAGCGAGGAGGGUGGGGAUAUUUAAAGGCACAGCAACUUUUUUUUUUUUUUUCUCAACCAAUUUUUUUUCCUGCCAUGUUCAGGAUUUUUUGUGAAAGUAUCUGGCAACCCUAAAUAAAUUCAGCCCAUAUCAAAUUUACAGCUAAU